AUAGGCUCCUACAACUACAGCUUGGCUAAAUACUUAAGUAAUCUCCUCCAACCUCAUAUUCCGUCCACAUUCAUUGCUUCAGAUUCCUUCACUUUUGUGAAGGAAAUCAAUGAUCUAUCUUUGCACGGGAUGUUUAUGGUCUCCUUCGAUGUUGAAAGCCUCUUCACCAACAUCCCUCUAGAUGAUUGUAUCGACCUUGCCGUCAAAUAUAUUACUGAGGGUAAUCCAGGGUUGAAACUUAGUAAAAAUGAGCUCAAAAGGCUGUUUGAGUUUGCUACCAAGGAAACUCACUUCCUGUUCAAAGGUAACUUCUAUGAUCAGGUGGAUGGUGUAGCCAUGGGGUCCCCCCUUGCCCCUGUUCUCGCCAAUCUCUUUAUG